AUGACUGUUCAACUAGACAUCGCUGCUGUGAGAGCCAAGUUCCCAGCUCUAUCCCAGGACCAAGUCUUCUUUGAUAACGCGGGAGGAAGUCAGACCCUUGGCACAGUCAUCGAUUCCUCACUCGGGCUCUUCAGGAUCAGGGACUAUCUGUCACAAAGCAACGUCCAGCUAGGAGCUUCGUACAAGGUCGGCCAGCGCGCAACCGCCUCGUACGGCGAGGGCUACCAGGCCGGUGCACAGUACAUCAAUGCAUCUCCCGACGAGAUCGGUAGAAUCUGCUUCGAGGCCACCCCUGAGAUGGUCGUCCCGCUAACAUGGGCACAGUAUUUGCUCUUCCGCAACCUCUCUCACACCCUCUCCUUCGACAAGGGCGACGAGAUCAUCGUCUCGGCCGUCGAUCACGAAGCCAACAUCGCCUCCUGGAUCGAUCUCGCCGCGCGCCAGGGCCUCACUCUGAAGUGGUGGAAGCCCGCUGAGGCACCCAACCCGAAACUCUCCGUCGAGAACCUCAAGCCCCUGCUAUCGGAAAGGACCCGCCUCGUCACCUUCACCCACGCCAGCAACAUCCUCGGCACGAUCCAUGACGUCGCUGCCAUCGCCGGCACCGUUCACAAGGAGACGCCGAAGGGCCUUGUGUGUGUCGAUGGCGUGGCCUACGCCCCGCAUCGACCUCUGGAUGUGAAGGCCCUCGGCAUCGAUUUUUAUGCCUUCUCGUGGUACAAGGUUUACGGCCCGCACACUGCGAUGCUGUAUGCCAGUCGCCCCGCGCAGGACGACCAUAUGCGCUCGCUAGGUCACUUCUUCAACCCUUCUGACUCGCUCGAGGGCAAGCUCGGGCUCGCUGGCGGCAGCUACGAGCUCGUCUCGGCCGUGCCGCGCGUGCUGGAGUACCUCGGCACCCCGGAUUCUGAAGGAUGGAAGGGCAAGAUUGAGCAGGAGAGGCUGCUGCAGUCGACCCUGCUCGAGUAUCUCAACGGUCGCGGCGACGUGACGGUAUACGGCGAGACAGACGCUGGGACGGAGCACCGCGUGCCGACCAUCAGCUUCAAAGUCAAGGGGUGGGGGGCCAAGGAGCUCGUCACGGCCGUGGAAAAGGACACCGACUUUGGCUUCCGAUGGGGGCACUUUUACUCCUAUCGCCUCAUCAAGGAGAUUCUGGACCUUGACCCUGCUGAUGGUAUUGUAAGAGUCAGCAUGGUGCAUUACAACAGUCUCGAUGAGAUCAAGAGCUUUGUCGUCGCCUUAGACAAGGCAUUGCAACAAAAGAACUAA